AUCCUCAUCCUCCUCAUCAUCAUCAUCCUCAUCAUCAUCCCCCCCAUCCCCAUCCUCCUCCUCCUCCUCCUCCCCCGGGCAUGGGGGCUGCCCAAUCCACCACCGAGGAGAUGCGACAACUCGAGGGCAAGACCGGCUUCUCUUCUGAGCAGAUUGAGCAGCUCCGCCGGAGAUUCAAGCAGUUAAGCGGGGACCAGCCCACCAUCCGCAAGGAGAACUUCAACAGCAUCCCGGACCUCGAGCUCAACCCGAUCCGAUCCAAAAUCAUCCGUGCCUUCUUCGAUAACAGGAACCUCCGCAAGGCACCCACAGGCCUAGCGGAUGAGAUCGACUUCGAGGACUUCCUGACCAUCAUGUCUUAUUUCCGGCCCAUCGACGCCAGCGUGGACGAGGAGCAGCUGGCUCAGUGCCGGAGAGAGAAGCUGCGAUUCCUGUUCCACAUGUACGACUCGGACAGCGACGGCAGGAUCACCCUGGAAGAAUAUCGCAAUGUGGUGGAAGAGCUGCUGUCCGGGAACCCCCACAUCGAGAAGGAAUCGGCCCGCUCCAUCGCCGACGGGGCCAUGAUGGAGGCUGCCAGUGUCUGCGUGGGACAAAUGCAACCCGAUCAGGUGUACGAGGGGAUCACCUUUGACGACUUCCUGAAGAUCUGGCAGGGGAUUGACAUCGAGACCAAGAUGCACGUGCGUUUCCUGAACGUGGAGCCCAUCGCCCUGUGCCACUGAGGCGCGCCCGUGGGACCCUCGGGACCCUCCGGAGGGUCACCCGGGGGGUCGUCGGUGCCCGGGCUGCCCCUCGCCCUCUCUCCGACUACUGACCUGGACAAACCACGCCGGGCAGGGGUGGACGUGGGAUCUCACCGACUCUUUUUACCUCCAAUAAAACGCUGGGUUUUGUUACCGAC